AUGGUCAUAUUUGGGACGACCGCAGGUGGUUAUAGCGAGGUGCAUGGAGGCUUCGGUUUUGGGGAGAGGAACGAAGGAUGUACUUCUCUGUUGGACUUCGCUAAGGCUUUUGGGUAUGUGAUUGCGAACGCUAGCUUUCCGAAGAGGGAGGAGCAUUUGGUUACUUUUCAAAAUGUAGUGGCGAAGACUCAGAUUGACUAUCUCCUCCUCAGGAGGUGUGAUAGAGGGUUGUGCAAGGAUUGCAAUGUGAUUCCAGGUGAGAUACUAGCGAUGCAGCAUAGGCUCUUGGUGAUGGAUAUUGGUAUUAUGGUAAAGAGGAGGAAAAGGUCCGCUCGAGGAAGGCGGAGAAUCAGGUGGGGAGCCUUAACUAAGGACAAAGCUAAAGAGUUGGAAGGGCGGUUGUCAGCUAUGGGAGCUUGGAGGAGCAGUGGUGACGCGAGCACUAUGUGGUCAGCGACAACAGACUGUAUAAGGGAGGCUGCGAGAGUGGUGUUAGGGGUCUCGACGGGCGUCCCUGGUGGGCACAAAGGAGACUGGUGGUGGAAUGAAGUGGUCCAAGGUAAAGUGGAGGCGAAGAAGGCGGCGUACCUGAAGUUAGUGGGGAGCAUAGGUGAGGAUGAGAGGCGAGUGUGCAUGGAGAGGCGUAUCAAGGUUGAGGAGGUCGUGGGAGCUAUGCGUAAGAUGAAUAGGGGCAGAGCAACCGGGCCAGACGAGAUUCCGGUAGAAUUUUGGAAGUGUAUGGGGAGAGCAAGUUUGGAGUGGUUGACUGGGUUGUUUAAUGUUAUUUUUAAGGCGAAGAGGAUGCCGGAUGAGUGGCGGUAG